CUAGAAUUAUUUUAUUUUAAGUAAUUGAUUCCAUUCAAUACCGGCUAGAAAGUCUUUGCUAAAAUAAGUGAAGUGAAUAUAAAUAACACAUAUAUUUUUAUCUAAUCAUGUCGUAUCAAUUUCAUCAAAUUGCUAGCUUGCUAGAAAAGAUGACUUCUAGUGACAAGGAUUUCCGUUUUAUGGCAACAAACGAUUUAAUGACGGAAUUACAAAAGGAUAGUAUUAAAUUGGAUGAUGAAUCGGAAAAAAAAGUCGUACGAAUGAUUUUAAAACUAUUAGAGGAUAAAAAUGGAGAAGUUCAAAAUUUGGCGGUAAAGUGCCUCGGUCCGUUGGUAAACAAAGUGAAAGAAAGUCAAGUAGAGACUAUUGUAGAUUCUCUUUGUUUGAAUAUGACAUCCAACGUGGAACAACUUCGAGAUAUUUCUAGUAUUGGACUUAAAACCGUUAUACUGGAACUUCCGCAAUCCUCUAAUUCAUUAGCGCCAAGUGUAUGUCGGAGAAUAACUGGAAAACUUAACAUUGCUAUAGACAAGGAAGACGUUUCAGUAAAGCUCGAAGCGCUGGAUAUUCUUACGGAUUUGCUUUCGCGUUUUGGACUUUUUUUGGUACCUUUUCACACCCAAAUUUUAAAGGCAUUGAUUCCUCAAUUGGAAUCUCCCCGGCAGGCCGUGAGAAAAAGGUCCAUAGUUGCUCUUUCACAUUUACUUUCAUUAGCAGAUGAUGGCAUUUUUGAUAGUGUCAUCGAACGCCUGUUAAAGGGAUUGAAAAACAAUUCAAACUCCGGUGCUGUUCGAACUUACAUCCAGUGUUUGGCAUCAAUUUGUCGCCAAUCUGGACCUCGCUUAUGCAACCACGUUAAUCCAGCUAUUGAAAUCUUAAAGAGAUACAGUCAGAGUGACGAUGACGAAGUUCACGAAUUUUGUCUUCAGGCAUUUGAAGCUUUUGUCUACCGGUGCCACGACGCUGUUACACCUCACAUUAGUAUGAUUUUGGGGAUUUGCCUUAAAUAUUUAAGUUACGAUCCCAAUUAUAACUAUGAGUCUGAUGAUGGUCAAAAUAGCCUUUUGAUGGACACUGAAGAAGGAGAAUAUGUUGAUACUGAUGAUUACAGUGAUGAUGAUGAUAUAAGUUGGAAAGUUCGUCGAGCAUCCGCGAAAUGCUUGGAGUCUCUAAUAACAACACGUUUAGAAUUUACGGAAAGCUUUUGUCAGGAUUUGGGCCCGAUUUUAAUCUUGCGCUUUAAAGAAAGAGAGGAAAACGUAAAAUCAGACAUAUUCCACGUAUAUAUAACUUUAUUGAAAACUAUUAAGUCUACCAACGCAUUAGCGCACGAUCCCGAUUCAAUGGAAGAAGUUCCUCGCACAAUUUCCCUACUUCAAGAUCAGUUAAAGGAUAUUAUUAAAAUCAUACAACCUCUCAUGCGAGAGCGAUCAAUGAAAACUCGUCAGGACUGUUUUCAUUUGCUUCGAGAAUUACUAAGUGUGCUACCCGGAAGUUUGGGACCAUACUUGGAUGAAAUUGUGCCUGGCAUUAGUUACACUUUAAGCGAUAAAAACUCAACGAGUAACAUUAAAAUCAAUGCAUUGGGAUUUUUAUGCUCCCUGUUAGCAAGCAACACGCCCUCUUAUCUUUUCCAGGCACAUAUAUCUGUUUUGGUACCGCUUAUAAUUACUGCAGUAUUCGAUUCGUUUUAUAAAAUUUCUACAGAGGCUCUUCAAGUUUUGCAACAACUUGUAAAGGUUAUAAGACCCUUGGAGGAUCCUCAACUAUCAUUACCCAACGAUUUUAAAAUGAAUACUUAUGUGGAAGAUCUGUACUCUGCUACAUUAAAAAAAUUAUUGACCGCUGAUGUUGAUCAAGAAGUAAAAGAUCGUGCCAUUAGUUGCAUGGGCCAGAUUAUAGCUAACAUGGGAGAUUUUCUUGUACCACAAGUACAAAGUUGUCUUCCCAUAUUAUUGGAGCGCUUAAAUAAUGAAGUAACCCGUUUGAGUAGCGUUAAAGCCAUUUAUAUGAUCGCUGCAUCACCAUUGCGAAUCGAUUUGUCUUUAAUAAUCAAAGAUGUAAUUCCAGUCUUGGGUUCUUUCUUAAGAAAAAAUCAUAGGGCUCUGAAAUUAAACUCCCUUGAUUUGUUAAACAAAUUGGUAGAAAACUAUUCCCAAGCAUUCAAUCCGCAGAUUUUACAUUUAGUGAUUGUUGAGCUUAAGCCACUAAUAUCAGACACAGACCUACAUAUUGCUCAAUACUGUUUAAUACUUUUAACAACUACUGCCCAGAAACAUCCUAAAGCUUUAGAAGGAAUUCAUGGACAAUUCUUGCCAGCAGUAUUAGUACUAAUACGAUCGCCUCUUUUACAAGGUAGUGCCCUGACUUGCACAUUAGACCUUCUUCAAGUUUUAGUGCAGACAAAUAUAGAGAGUUUGGAUUACAAUUCAUUGCUUAAUAAACUCAUGGAUCCAAUAAUUGUAGGAAACGAACAGCUUCAUAAACAGGCGCAUCAUUCCAUAGCAAAAUGUAUAGCCGCACUCACUUUGAAAUGUCCUUGGGAGGCCAUUCCUCUGGCUUCACGCCUCCUUGAUUAUAUUCAAAAAUCUACCGAAUCUAAUGAUUUAAAAAUGAGCUUUUGUCUCUUGACCAUUGGAGAGAUUGGCAGAAACUUUGACUUAAGUCCAAUAUUUUCUUUGCCACAAACUUUAAUUGAGUGUUUUAGUGCUAGUUCUGAAGAUGUCAAAAGCUCUUCAAGUUUGGCCUUAGGUGCUGUGGCUGUUGGAAGUUUAAAAACUUAUCUACCAUUGAUACUAAGAGAAAUAGAAGUACAGCCAAAACGUCAGUACUUAUUAUUGCAUUCGUUAAAAGAAGUUAUAUCAUCUUUAUCGGUUACUCAAUAUGGACUUUCUCAAUUACUACCAUCGGUUCCAUCGAUAUGGACGCAACUAUUUAAACAUUCCGAGAGUUCUGAGGAAGGUUCUCGAAAUGUCGUGGCGGAAUGCCUUGGAAAGCUUGUUCUAGUUAAUCCGGAAGAACUUUUACCAUUACUUCGGGAUGCUUUAUAUUCUAAUAAUCCCGUUAUGAGAGCCGUGGUGGUCUCCUCUAUCAAAUAUACUAUAUCCGAUCAACCGCAAUGCAUAGAUCACUUGUUAAAACAAAAUCUCAGCGAAUUUCUUUCAUCUUUGCGCGAUCCUGAACCUAGUGUCAGAAGAGUAGCACUGGUCACAUUCAACGCCGCCAUUCAUAAUAAACCAACAUUGGUGCGCGAUCUUCUGCCAACUUUAUUACCUUACUUGUAUUCGGAAACAAAAGUGAAGAGUGAUUUAAUUCGUGAAGUUGAAAUGGGUCCAUUUAAACAUACAGUUGAUGAUGGGUUAGAUAUACGUAAAGCUGCAUUUGAAUGUAUGUACACCUUGCUGGAACAAGGACUCGAUCGAGUUGAUGUGAAACAAUUUUUAAGUCACGUGCAGGCUGGUCUUUGCGAUCAUUAUGAUAUAAAAAUGCUAACAUAUUUAAUGACAGCCCGCUUAGCUAUUUUGUGCCCAGAUGCUGUUCUACAACAGCUUGACCAGUUCGUUCAACAAUUAAGAGAAACUUGUACUUACAAAGUAAAGGCUAACUCUGUCAAACAAGAGCAUGAGAAGCAGGACGAGUUAAAAAGAUCUGCUCUCAGAGCUGUGUCUGCUUUAUCACAAAUUCCAAGUGCAGAUAAAAAUCAACAUUUAAUGGACUUUUUAAAAACAAUUAAGGACACUCCAGAUCUGUAUAAAAUAUAUGAAUGUGUUCAAAAAGACUCCAAUUCCAACAACCCUGAAAACACAUCAAUGGAUCAAAGUUAAAUAUAUAUAUUAGAAUAUAUUAAAAUUAUACACUCAAUGGAAUAAAAUAAUCAUCUAAUAAA